UAAGAAAGGAACUUGACCUAAAUCUUUGUGCGUGAGGGAGAGCUGGUGCAGCUCAUUCUUAUAUACUCAGAGAUUUGGCAACACCGAUCAUUACUGUUGGAAGAUUCAACAAGAACAGGUCAGGAUGGACGAGGAGUUUGAGAAACACCGCAUCAAGGAGCUCCAACAGCAGCGGAUGCUAGUACAGAAAAAAACCUUCACCAACUGGAUAAACCAGAUUCUGUCAAAAAACCAGGUGAAGAUAUUCAUUACUGACAUAUUCACUGAACUGAAAGAUGGCAUCGCCCUGAUUGCCCUACUGGAAACCAUCUCUGGAGAGAAGCUGAGCAGACCCAACAGAGGCAGAAUGAGAGUCCACUAUCUGGAGAACAACAGCAGGGCCAUUGCCUUCCUGAAAACCAAGAUCAAUGUGGAGCUGAUAGGUCCAGAAAAUAUUGUGGAUGGUGACCGCACCCUAAUCCUGGGUCUGAUCUGGAUGAUUAUCCUGCGCUUUCAGAUUGCCUCCAUCACUCUGGAGGAGGAUGAGUCUGAUAGCAGCAGUGCCAAACGUUCUGCUAAGGAGGCUCUGCUGAUCUGGUGCCAGCGUAAGACAGCUGGAUACGAGAACGUUAAUGUCCAGGACUUCUCCUCCAGCUGGAAGGAUGGAUUGGCCUUCAAUGCACUUAUUCACGCUCACAGGCCUGAUCUGAUCAACUAUAAGAACUUGAAACAGAACAAACCAAUACAUAACUUAACUAACGCCUUUGUGGUCGCGGAGGAGAAGCUUGGAAUUCCCACACUCCUAGACCCAGAGGACGUGGCUGUACCUCACCCAGAUGAAAAGUCCAUUAUGACCUAUGUGUCUCAGUACUACCAUUACUUCUCCAAAAUGAGGCAGGGUCAGACUGGACAGAAGAGGAUUAUAAAGAUUAUUAGUCUCCUGAAGGAGAUUGAAGACCUCAAACUUGAAUACCAGCAACUGGUGACUGACUUGCUUCAGUGGAUCAAGGACAAAGUGAGGGAGUUGAACGACCACUGCUUCCCCAACUCGCUGGUGGGCAUGCAGAGGCUGGUGGCGGACUUCAAAACGUUCCGCACCGUGGAGAAGCCACCCAAGUAUCAGGAGCGAGGGCUCAUCGAAGCGCAACUCUUCAACAUCAGGACGAAGCUGCAAGCCAACAACAUGUGGCCAUACGUGCCCCCUGAGGGGAAGACCCUGACUGACAUCGAGAGGCACUGGGCCAACCUGGAGAAGUCGGAGUACGAGCGGGAGAAGGCACUGCAGAAAGAGAUGCUGCGUCUGGAGCGCCUGGAGCAGCUGGUGCGGAAGUUCAGGAAGAAGGCUGCGCUGAGGGAGGCCUACCUCACCGAAAUGAGGUCAGUGGUUGCCAAGCAGGACGCCAACGUGAGGAGCAUCAAGGAGGCCGAGGCUGCCGCCAAGAUGAUGGAGGCCAUCACCACCGACGUGUUCGCCCGGGAGCAGAGGUUCAAGACCCUGGCUGAAAUGGCAGCAGUCAUUGAGAGGGAGAACUACCACAGCAAGACUGAGAUCGUAAAGAGGCAGCAGAAUGUUGAACGUCGCUGGCAAGACCUUCUCCAACAACUCUGUAAAUGCAGAGAAUCCCUGAACAAGACCACGUCUGCACUCACCUUACUCCAAGAUAUUAACAGUAUUUUCGAAGAAAUAAUGACCAUUCAAGCCCUGGUAAGCUCGAGUGAUUACGGUAAGCAUCUACUUGAUGUGGAGGACAUGGUACACAAGCACAACCUGAUCGAUUCUCAAAUUUCAUCUCACGGAGAGAAUCUGAAACACAUCAAUGAGAAGGCUGACCACCUCAGCAGGAGCAGUGAGCUGAACACUGACCUGUUUCAGGGCAAACUUAAGGAGCUCAAUGAUGCUUACACCAACCUCCUGGAACUCAGCAAAGUUAGGCGUUCUAAACUGAAGCAGCAACACCAAUUGUUUGAGUUUUUCCGGGACUGUGAUGAGGAGGAGGCCUGGAUUUUCGAGAAGUGGCAGUUGGUGCGGACAGCAGCGUUAGGCCGUGAUGUCACCCAGAUCGCAGUGUUGAUCCAGAAACACAAGGCCCUGGAGUCGGAGGUUAACAGCCACCAGUCGAUAUGUUUCUCAGUAGUGAGGAAGGGCCAGCAUCUGUACCAGCGAAGUUUGGACUGCGAGAAGGAGGUGAGGAGAUGGGUCAAUACCCUCCAGAAGCAAUGGCAGCAGUUAAAGGAUGAGGUUGCAAUUAGGAACUCUCGGCUGCAAGCUGCACUGACUAUCAAACAGUAUUUCGCAGAUAUCAACGAGGCCCGUUCCUGGCUGCUCGAGAAACAGCCUCUUCUGGAAAGUGGGGAUUGUGGAAAGGAUGAGGCCAGUGCUGACGCCCUCCUGCAGCGUCACAUGCGUCUGGAGAAAGAGAUAGCGGCAUAUUCUGGUGAAGUGAAGAGACUGGGCGAUUUGGCAGUCGUGGCCAUACAGCAGGUUCCGUUAACAAUGUGUCAGGCAGAGAACCAAGAGAGUAAAGAGACUGAUAGCUGCUCAUCUGAUGAAGAAACCAUAGGAGUGCAGACUUCACCGAGACAACGUCAUCAAGCCAGGACUGAGAAGAACAGCCCGAAGGUUAAUCUCCUGGAAAGUCGGACAGCCCAAGAGCGCAGGCAGCUAGUGGGCACACGGGGCAAGAUAUCCCUCCCAGUCAGUGAGCCGUCGGUGGAGAGUGAGACCACCGUUGACCAUCCCCAGGCAGACAGUCCAAGCCGGAGGGUCAACAAACCACGGAGAAGCCGGUCCAUGCGCCAUGGGACAACUGAGAUCCAGUACUCCUCACCCAGCCGUCCUGACGAGGACUUCAACAGAACAACAAUCGAGGACAGCCAGAGAGACAUCAACUCCUCGUACUCUGAUCUCUGCCAGCAGGCCAAGGAUAGACGGAAAACACUGCAGGAAAUGAUCCAGCUCUAUCAGUUCUAUAACACCUGCAAUGACUUUGACUCCUGGAUGAAGGACAAGGAGAAUGGUUUCAAAACAUUUGAACCCAAGUCGGAUAAUGUGGAAGUCAUGCAAAGGAAAUACGAGAACUUCUUGACAGAAUUGGCUGCUGGGAAAGGCCGGCUGGAUGAGAUUAACCAACUGGUGGAUGAGUUUAUUAAAAACCGACAUAGCAAGGAACGAGAAAUCAGAGCAAAGCAGCGUGAGAUGCAUACGAGGUGGGCACAUAUGCUGGUGCUGAAAGAGGAGAAGGGUAGGGAGCUGAUCGGCACAGCGGACGUCAAGUCAUUUCUCCAGAAAUGCCAAGACACGACAGCCCUGCUCCAGGAGAAACUGACUCUGCUCCCCGACACUGAGAUCAGCAACAGCAAAAAGGCUGUGGAUGAAGAGAGGCGUAAGCACGUUGUAUCAGAGCGGGAGAUCCAAGCACUGGAAACUCGAAUCGAAUACCUGACCAAAAUGGCUCGCUCGAUUAAGGACACCAAUCCUGCAGAGAGUGCAGCGAUCAUGGAGCAGGUUCAUGAGAUGGAAGCCCUGCUGCACAGGGUGAAGGGUCAGGCCUCGCGGAGAAGGCAGCUCUUGUCGGAUGCUUAUAACCAGCAGCUGUACAGCCAGGAGAGCAAGGAGCUUCUCUUGUGGGCUGGGAACAUGAAGGACAAGCUGAACAGCAAGGAGAUGGGAUUCGAUGUGGGCUCUGCUGAAAACCUUCUGAAGGAACACAAUGAUCUGCUGCUGGAGAUCAACGCACAUAAAAUCAGGUUUGAGAAGUUGCACGAGCUGGGAGAUCGGGUGAUGAAGGGGAACUGUGUGGGUGAGGUCCCUCGCACGAUGCAGAAAGUGAUGGAGGUGCAGGCAGAGCUGGAGGCUGCGUGGAAGGAGCGGAACGCGAGGCUGCAGGAAGGGCUGGAGCUGCAGCAGUUCAACCGGGAGGCGGAUCGCAUCGAAGCGACUCUGGCUGGUCACGAAGCCUUCCUGAAAAUCAGCGAUCUCGGGGACAAUGUGGAUUCUGUCAGCAGCCUGCUGAAGAGGCACGAAGACUAUGAGAAUGUACUGAAGCUAACGGACCAGAGAAUUCGGGGGCUGCAGGACAAAGCCUCCAGACUCUCCAAAAAUAGCAACUACACUAAUGCAAUCCGGAAGAGGGUGUUUGUGAUCAGCGAUAAGUGGACCGAUCUCAAUCGGAGUAGCAACUACCGGAGGAGCAGACUGCUUGCUUCACAGAAACUCCAGGAAUUUAACAGAGAUGUAGCUGAGCUCCUAAUGUGGAUCGAUGAGAAGUUCAAAAUUGCCUCGGAUGAGUCAUACCGGGACCCAACAAACAUCCUCCGCAAACUGAAGAGACACGAGGCUGUGGAGAAGGAGGUGAUGGCAAAUGAAGUGCGAGUGGACGACCUGAGGAAGACAGGCAACAAUCUGAUCGAAGAGAACCAUUAUGCCAGGGACAAUAUCCGAUCCUGCCUGGCGACAUUAAGGGAGAAGUGGAUGAAGCUCUGCAAUAAGCUGGUAGAGCGCGGGGACAAAAUGAGGCAAGCUGGCCAGCAGGAGCAACUCAUGGAGCUACUACAGGAUGCCAAAACAAAACUUGAACAGAUCGAGAAGAUGCUGCUAAAUCCCAACACAGGCCAUGACCUGCGCUCCAGCAGACUCCUCCUGAAAGAGCACAAGUGGCUGGAGUGCGAAAUGCGCGAGCUCGCAGAGAAAAUUAACAGCAUUGUCAACCGGGCCAGGAAGGUGGCGACAGAUCACUUUGACUCUCAGAGAAUACUGGAGCAGACUCAGAAACACCUGGACUGGUUUGAAUCGCUCCAGAAGCCCCUGGAGGAGAGAAGAAAGGUUCUAGAAGCAACAAUGGCUCUGCACGAAUUCUACCACCACAGUGACCUGGAGUUGAAGUGGAUCACUGAGCGCAUUCCAAGCUGCACAUCGUCGAACUACGGCAAGUCCCUGGACACGGCCCAGAGCCUGCUGCAGAAGCAGAAGGAGCUGCAGGUUGAAGUGAACACUCACAAGCAGCAGGUCCAGAAGGUGCUGGAGAUAGGCUGGCAGAUGAUCAGCUCCCAGCACAACACAGCCCAUGGCACUGAGCCCAAGUGCAGAGAACUGCAGAGCCGCUGGGAGGAGCUCGAGUCAGCUUGUGGUGACCGGAGGAAAAAACUACAGCACUCAGUGCGGUUCCACCAGUUCAUCGCAGAUGCAUCUGAGCUGGAAGCCUGGGCAGCAGAAAAACUUCAGCUUGUGGUAAGCGAGGAUUAUGGGAAGAACGAAGCUGCCACUCUGAAGCUGAUUAAGAACCAUAAGGCUCUGGAGCGGCAGAUCCAGGAUUACCAAGGCCGUGCGGAGGAGCUUCAUCAGAUUUCUGAGGGCCUUCUGCUCAGAGGACUCAUCACCUUUGACAUGGUGGAUGAACCUCAAGAGCAGAUUCGAAAGAGGAUGAAGGAACUGCAGGAGUGUUCGGCAGUCAGGCUACGGAAAUUGGAAGAGACAUUGCGAUUCCAUGAGUAUCUGAGAGAAAUUGGAGAACUGGAGGCGUGGGUCACACAGCAGAUGCAAACUGCCAGCUCUGAGGAUUAUGGCAAUGACUAUCAACAUGUGCUGCACUUGAGGGCACUGUAUGAAGUCUUCCUGCACCAGGUGGAGGCCGGUGAAGAGAGGAUCCAGGGGGUUCAGACUUUGGUGAGCAAGCUGCUGGAAAAUCAACAUCCUCAGUCCCAGGAAAUCACACUCAGGAAGGAUGCAUUAAGAGUGGUGAUCGAUAUCCAGUGGGUCACCUUCAGCGGUGCAGCAGUGCUCCUGACCACGGCACAUACACCAUGCACGGGGGUUUGCGGCUCUCUGUACGGCCUCAGGCGUGUCCUCAGGAAGCGUGCUGAGGCUGUGGGACGGGCAGCUGCUCCUGGUCUCCGACGGGCCCUGGGUGUCGCGAUGGGAGGUCCUGCAGUGACCGUGCCCAGGGCUCAGGCUGAUGGAGAGCACGGGCCCACCGCGAGCUGGAGGCGAGGACCGGAAAACGCAGUUGAGAGUGCAGCCGUGCGGGGUACCUCGCCACUCGUCUGGGUGGAUGGGAGGCAUGGGGCCAAGGUGACGUCCAUCCUGGAGACGCAGCGGACAGCAGGGGGCGCCGGCCUUGACGCGGCGGCGGUGCUCAGUCUGGAGACCGAACGUGCCAGCGAUGGCAUUCCCAGAGGGGCUGGCCACAGCUUGGUGCACACUGUGAAGCGCUGCAUCCUCUUACUGCGCUGCGGGCCCGACAUGCUCCCUUCCCUUCAGUCGACUGGCAAGGGGUCAGAGGUGCAGAUUCCGAGGCCAGGGGCAAGAGGACAAGAGCUGCCCCGCGGGGAACAUUCCGGACGGGUCAAACCCCAGGAGGAAAGCUGGAUCAGUGAAAGGAUGAAGAAGUUAAAAGACAAUUCUUCUGCAGAUGUUAGUGACCUGCAAGCCAAGCUGAAGCUGCUACAGAAACACCAGGCCUUUGAGGCAGAAAUCCUGGCCCAUCAGGCCAUCAUUACGAGUGUUACUGAGACGGGUGAGCUGCUGCUGAAUGGACAGCACCCUAACUCCAGUGAGAUCCGGCGAAGUAUGAGGGUGCUGCUGGAACACUGGGAGCAACUGAAGACUGCGGUGGCUGCACGUGGGAAAAUGCUGGAGGACAACCGGGAUUUCCUGGAGUUCCUGCAGAAAGUCGAUCAGAUUGAGGCAUGGAUCAGGGAGAAGGAGGUAAUGAUCAAUGUGGGCGAUGUCGGCAAAGACUACGAACAUUGCCUGCAGCUGCAGAAAAAGCUCAGCAAGUUCCGGGGAGCAGGGGAUGUGACGGUGGACGAUGCACACAUCAAGACCAUCAAUACCCUGGCCACCCGGCUGGAGAAGAAGAAUAAAGACGACAUUAGGACUGUCCAGCAACGCAAGCAGCAGCUGAACCAAAAAUGGGACAGUUUCCAGGGAAAUCUGAACAACUACAAGAGAAAACUGGCAGCAGCUUUGGAGGUUCAUGCCUUAAUCAGAGAAAUGGAUGACCUUAAAGAAAGAAUGGGUGAAAAGAGCUUGUUGAUGCAAGGUCUGGACUAUGGCCGGGACGUAGAGAGUGUGGAGAAACUGAUGAGGAGGCAUAAAGAAACUGAGCUGGAAAUCACAGUCAUCCAGGACAAGGUGGAGGUGCUGGAAGUUAAAGCCAGAGAACUGUGCAAGAGCCAGUCUCCAGUGGGUGAUAAGCUCAGCCUGAAGCAGAGAGAAAUUCAGGAGGGCUGGCUUCGACUACAGAAGGAAACCAAGCUGCGGAAGGAAAAGUUGGAAGCCUCAUACCAGCUGCAGAAGUUCAACAGGACUGUCCGGGAACUGAUGGACUGGGCACAGGCGAUGGAAGAGCCAAUGGACCAAGGAAGUCUGCCCAAGAGUAAGCAAGAGGCAGACGCCAUGAUAGAGGAGCACCAUGAGAGAAAGACUGAGAUCCAGGCCAGAGUGGAGCGUUUCGAUGCAGUCAGGAACGUUGGUGUUGAGUUAGUGGCUGCAGGACAUUAUGCCUCGGUAGACAUCAGGCAAUCCCUCGCUAUGGUGGAAAAGACUUGGACCACUCUAAAUGAGGCUUGGCAGGAACGCAGUACCAGGCUGGCAGAAGCCAGUGAUCUACAGGUAUUCUAUGGUUACGUGGAGCAGAGUGAGAGCUGGCUCAGCAACAAGGAGGUGUUCCUGGCUAAUGAAGAUAAAGGGGAUUCCCUGACGAGUGUGGAGAAUUUACAGCACAAGCUCGAGCAGUUUCUAAAAACAGUGGAAGCUCAGAUGGAAAAGGUGAACCUGAUGGAGAGGUUUGCAUUACAGCUGGAGCAGAACAACCAUUCUGACUGUGCGCAGGUCAUCCUCAAGUGCCAAGCUGUUCUGCAAAGAAAACAGAAGUUGCUGGAAAACUGUGAGGAGCGCAGGAGGAUCCUGGAUCAGUCCAAACAGCGGCAGAUGUUCCUGAGAAGUUCGUAUGAGGCUAUUUCCUGGCUGAAUGAGAAGAUCAGCAUCACCGUGGACGAGAGCUGGACAGAUCCCAGCAACCUGCAGGGCAAGCUGCAGAAACAUCAGACCUUCGAGGCCGAGGUCAUAGCCAACCAGAAUAGGAUCCUCAGCAUCGCCACGGAAGGUGGGCAUAUGAUUGACGCUGGGCACUAUGCUGCAAAGGAGAUUGAACCCCGGAUAAAGCAAAUUCAGGAAUUGUGGAAUGAACUGCUGGAGAACUGCCGGAAUAAGAGAUCCAAGCUGGUCGAUGCACACAAGGCUCUGAACUUCCAGCGGAGUAUUGACGAUGUAGAGAACUGGCUCAGUGAGGUGGAGAAGCAGUUGGAGCAGGCCGGGCAGCCCACUGACCUGGUGUCUGUGAAAAACCUCCUGAACGAGCAGCAAGACCUUGAAGAGGACAUCAACAGUUAUGUGGAGAGGAUGCAGUCUCUGCUGGAUCAGUCUGAGGAGUUUGUCAGGGACAACCACUUCCUGGCUGAGGGAAUUCGGGUCAGGGUCAGUGAUAUACUCCAAAGGUACCAGGCACUGCGAGAUCCCAUCAAGGAGAGGCGCCGGGUCCUGGAGGACAGUGCCCGCCUCUACCAGCUGUUUCGGGACCUCGAUGUUGCCCAGGCCUGGGUCCAAGAGAAACUGCUGCUGGCCACAGCCAAGGAUGUCGGGCACUCACUGACUGCAGUCCAGAGCCUGCACAACAAACAUCAGGCUUUGGAGAAUGAGAUCCGUAACCACGAUUCCCUGAUUGAGCCGGUGAUGGAGUGUGGACAGAGUCUGGUAAAGGCAGGGCACUUUGCUGCUCGCGAAAUUUCCAAGCGACUGUGGGAGCUGCAGGAUGCAGUGGAGCUGCUGAAGGAAGAGGCAGAGAAGAGGGGCUCAGCACUCAGAGAGCAGCACGUCAUCCAGCUGUUCCUCUCAGAGGUACGUACUUGUGGGCAACAGGUGGAGGAUCUGUGCCUCAUCCAAUUGAGAGAUGGAAGUGAAGAUUUCUGGUGUUUCCAUUUCCCUUACAGAGAGUCCAUUUUGAAGAAGCAUCAGGAUGUGGAAUCAGAGUAUGAUUUGCUCCUGAAGUUAGCCGAGAGCGUACAGAAAAAACUGGAAGACCGAUAUCAGCUGUACCAGUUUGAGCAGGAGGUCCAGGAAAUAACUACAUGGCUGGCCAGUCGACAACGUCUCGCCGAUUCCCAAGAUUACGGGCAAGAUCUGGAGGAUGUGGAGGUACUGCAGAAGAAGUUUGAGAACUUGGAGCAGGAGCUGAGCACCCUGGGCCAGAACAAGAUGUCCACCUUUCACAAUAUGGUGAAGACACUGAAGAGGCAAUCUCACAGCUUCCUGUCGGAAAUCAUGGAUCAGGCCAAUGCCAUCGCCCAGCAGUGGCACAAACUUCAACAAGCUAUCAGGAACCGGGCUGAGAAUCUGAGGGCAGCACAACAGGUACACCGAUUCGACUACGAUGUGUCUGAGCUGAAGGCCUGGAUUCAGGAGAAAGAUGGCGGACUGGGCAAUGACCACUACGGCCAUGAUUUAAACCAGGUGCAGACGCUGCUACGGCAACAUGAAGGUCUCGAGAGGGAGCUGGGAGCCAUAAACCGAGAAGUUGACCGUAUUGGCGGAGAAGCCCGGAUGCUGGGUAUAGCGUAUCCACACGUCAAGGGCAACCUGCAGGAAAGGCUGGAGGAAGUGGCCGAGUGCUGGGAUAACCUGUACCGGAAAGCCGGAGAGUGCAAGGAGAGGCUGCUGCAGGCUGAGCAAGUGCAGGCAUAUGUGAGCGACUGUCGAGUUUUCCUGGCCUGGGUUAAUGAGAUGGAUACACUACUGGACUCAGAGGAGCAGGCCAGGGGAAUGCUGGGAAUGGAGCAGCUCUGCAAACAUCACGAUGAGUAUAAAUGUGAGAUAGACAAGCAAAGACCCAAAUAUGAAGAGCUGAGAAGUGUAGGAAAUGAGCUGAGAGAGAACACACGCGUCAUGUCAGAAGAGGUUGAUGAGAAGUUGAACGAACUGUCUGAGAAUAUGGAUGAGCUGGUGAAGAAGUGGGAGAGGCUGGAGGAGCUGUACCAGAAGGAGCUGUGGAAAGAGGCACAGCUCCGGGAACUCGAGCUGCUGGCUGCUUGGCUGAACUCCAAGGAGGGACUUGUAACAAGCAACAACUAUGGGGAUUCUGUUGACGAAGUGGAAGACUUGAUCAAGAAGCAGGAGGACUUUGAGAAGAUGCUGGCAGUUCAGAAUGAGAAGAUUGGCCAGUUGGAGAAUGCAGUAAAGGGAGAAGGAUUCCGAGCGGAGGCGAGUGUGAAGGAGAGAGAACGCAAGGUAGCCCGUGUUCCCUCCCUGAAGAGAAGAGGAUCCGAUAAGAAGCCGGCGCCAUUGAAGAUCAGUGAAAAACGCAGAUCAGACCUUGGGAGGUCCCCGAAAUCCUGGACCAAAGAGACAAUUGUGAGCCCAGCCCCAAAGACCCCAACAACACCAGACCUGUUCUUCUCUCCAGUCAGAAGGGCUAUCCAGAGAGGUCCAGACACUGCAGAGGACAGGAGACGGGCUUUUGUCCAAUCACCUUUGUCACCAAAGUCCUUAAGCCUUCACAGUCCUGAAGCAGGACGUCCAUCAGUGAGGGCUUUGAAUUCUGUCUCACUGCCAUCCAAACUACUCGCCCGGCUCUCGUCCAGCGAGGAGCAAGAUCCAACCUCCCUGGCUCAAGGUGGCAUCAGCACUGAGGCAGCUACAGCCCAAAGCCCUCCAACUUCUGCCGAUUCCUCCCAGGACGAGCUUCAUCCAGAACAGGCCACAGCACCAACUGACGGGUGCCAGUUGGACCCUGCGACCAGCCCAUUGGAGAUACAGGGGCUUACUGGCCCUGGGAACACAGAGCUGUUAUCAAUCACUGAGGCUCAGCCAUUGGACUCAACAGCGGCACCGACGAGUGAAAAGGUUUCUGUAGGAUAUCAGGCGAUGGAGGGCACACUCGAGCGAAUGCACAAAUUGCAACCCGGAGGGAUUAAGGUCAUCUCUGAAGAUUGGGUCACCUAUUUUGUGACUCUGAAGGAGCAAGCCCUCUGUUUCUACAAGAACGAGAGUGAUAGUUUGAUGGAUUCUCCUUGCUCUCCAACCCUCGUGAUCAGCGAUGCUCGGUGUGAGGAAGCUGCCGACUCUACGGACAAGACACACACUUUCUGCUUACAACUGAGUGACAGAAGUGAGUACCUUUUCUCUGCUCCAUCGGGCAGCCUGAUUGGCGAGUGGAUUCAGAAGAUCAGCAACAAUGCCGGUAGCUGUGGAGGUUCUAAUGAAACAAGCUCGUCAGCUGUCAAUGUGUGUCCUUUGCAGUCUCCACAACACUCCUGUGAUCCAUUUAUGACCAAAUCCCAGCUCACGACGGGGAGUCCGACAAAGAAGGAGAAACCCGGAACCAACAAGGAUUUACUUCCCAGGAGAACACCAUCUUUCAGAGUGAAACACAGCAACUCAUCGAAUUUGUCUCCACAGAGAGCAGGGGGGCAACGGGAUAAGUGGAGAAACAGAGACCCUCCGCUGGGAACAAACGGGACAAAAGAUUCCGGUGUUGAGAGUAACUCAACAGGAGACACGCAGUCAGUGUCAGUUCCUCCACCAAAACCUCCUCACACUUACUAUAACACCCACCAAUAUCCAAUGGGUGGGGAGCAGGGGUAUCAUGGCCUGAACGCAGGUAACAGACAGACCUUGGGCAGUACUCCCGAUCUGUGUGUGGAGCGAAGGCAGCCUGGACUCUCUGGCAACCGACAAGAGAAUGAAAACCGACGCAAGACCUGGGAACCAGAGAGCACAGGGUCACCCAGCAACUUUACCAUGCCAACAUGGCACCACACCCGGGACACAGACAUGGACAGUGGCAAGAAGAAGAAUGUUUUCAAGAAGUUUUUUGUAAAAAAGUAACUUGAAACUGCCUUAGCCUUCCCUCUGAUAGUAAUAUAUUUUCAGAAAAUGCAUGGAGCUGAGCUUCACAAGUGUGUGUGUGUGUAUAUCUGCAAAACGUCAUUCUAGAAC